AGACGUGUAACUUUUGCUAUGGUAUUUCAUUUGAAAUUUUUUGUAAUGUAAGAUGGAAAUUAUCACGAAUAAUAAUUCUGAUAAACAUGUUUCUCCGAAAGAAAUUUGGAAUGGUAGAAAAAGCGCUGAUCAGCUUUCCAUUGAUUAUGAAGCUACAGAAGUUUUCCACAACCUUUUGGAAGAAAAUUGGGAGACCCUGUGUGAUACCAAAACAGGAAAGAAAAAAGUUUGGGAUACCAUUGCAAAUGGGUUAGAGGAAGCUGGUUUUGCUGUUCGUGGUUCAGAAAAAGGCAAAACAUGCAAGAACAAAUGGGAGAAUCUACGUAAAGAAUAUAGGACAUUCCUUUUAAAAUACCAAACUGGGAGCGGUGCAUCAGCUACAAAGAAGAAGCCAAAAUUCUUCAAUGAAAUUGAGAAAAUUAUUGGUAGCAACAACCAUUCUUACAAGCCACCAUUUGUGAGUGAUUCCCUUGAAAAGACACAAAACCCAGCGAAGUUUCAAGUGAAAAAUAAUGAGCCAAAUGAUGAAAUAACAUGUAAUAACUAAAAUGGUGAAAAACAAGAUGUGAACCAGGCUUUGUGUGAAAAACUGGAAAAGUCAAAGAAAGAAGACAAAGAUGUUAGUGAUUCUCCCAUUUCAGAUACCGAAAUUUACAACGACAGCCUGGAUGAAAAAAGUUCGAAUGAUGGGAAACCCAAACAAAAAAAAAGAAAACCAAGCAAGGCUUCAAAAUCUGAAAAGGUUUUGGAAGUUUUUAAAGAUAUGAGAAAUUCAAGCAACAAACGUCAUCUCGAAGAGAGACAAGAACGUCAGAAAAUACACGAUGAGAGAAUGCAACAAAGUCAACAAAUGAUUGAUGUCAUGAAGAGUUUGAUCACAGUGGCUUCCAACCACAAAACAAAGAAAUCGACCAAAAACAAACAUUCUAAAAAGAAGGGAAAAUCAACAUCGUCUCGUGAUAAUCAUGAUGGCAAUAGAAAAAUGAGUACAUCCCGCUCAACUUCCAAAGAAUCUUCGUCGUCUAGUGAUGAAUCAAGCAGCUCAUACACAUCAUAGGGAGAAGAUAGUUUGACCAUACUCAGGAGAAAACUCUUUAUCUUUUGUUUGUCUUUAUCACAAUCGUCAGAACACGGAUGCCCCUCUUCAUGAAACUAUUGCAAAUCUCUUAAUGCUAAUCGCCAAAACUCUGAUUACCAAUUUAAUGAUAACUUGGCAAAUCUUCAUGACCUUAAUAAUUGUUCGUCUCUGUCUCGUUUUCGAUGAAACUCGGAUCUCUUUCUCUGAAGAAGUCAUGUACUGUUGUGUUAACUAAUUUAAAAUACAGGGAAUUUCAGGAUGGAAAA